UUUCUUGAGCAGGGGGAAAACUCGAACGGUAUAUAUAUAGUACGCGGAGGCUCUUGCGAAGAUCACAUCGUUUAGUUUGGUACUCUCGGCUUAAUCAGAAAAUGAACUCGAUUGAUUCAACUCACGCACACCAACAUUUAGCGAGUUCUGAAUUCGGAUCUGAAAGAACACUAAAUCCAUAUGUCACCGGUACGUCAGUUGUAGCUAUCAAAUACAAAGAUGGAAUUCUCAUGGCUGCUGAUAUGGGAGGUUCCUAUGGAUACACUUUGCGUUACAAGAGUGUGGAGCGAUUAAAACCAAUUGGAAAACAUUCCCUUUUUGGUGCAAGUGGAGAAAUAAGCGAUUUCCAGGAGAUUUUACGUUAUCUCGAUGAACUUAUUUUACAUGACAAUAUGUGGGAUGAUGGGAACUCUUUGGGGCCCAAAGAGGUUCACAACUAUUUAACCCGGAUGAUGUAUAAUCGACGCAACAAAUUCAAUCCUCUGUGGAACUCACUUGUUCUUGGUGGAGUGAAAAAUGGACAGAAGUAUCUUGGAAUGGUCAGUAUGAUUGGUGUUCAUUUUGAGGACAAUCAUAUAGCCACUGGAUUUGGGAAUCACCUUGCACGACCAAUCCUUCGUGAGGAGUGGCAUGAGAACAUCAGUUUUGAAGAUGGUGUUAAGCUACUGGAGAAAUGCAUGCGUGUACUUUUAUACCGUGAUGUGUCAGCUGUCAACAAACUUCAGAUUGCGAAGAUCACAGAAGCAGGGGCAGUCAUUUAUCAGCCUUACUCAUUGAAGACUUUCUGGGGAUUCUCUGCUUUUGAGAAUCCAACAAAGGGUGCUGAAGGAUCAUGGUAGCCAGCUUCUAGUAUUAUUUCCUGACAUUUUUGAUUCCCCGAUGCAUAUUGCAGACCCAGUUAAACAUGUGUUGAAGACUUUCUGGGGAUUCUCUUAUUGUCUUCUUGUGUUUCGUUCAUGAUAGUUUGUGGUUCCAUUCGGAUGGUCUGGGGUGUUUUGAGUGCAAAUCUUAAUUUGGGCUCGGCCUGCCAAUAUAGAGCCUCCGUAGCAGCUUACCUGACACGCAGAUCCAGUGUUCAGGUAGGCUCCUCCCCUGUGCCUGCUGAGUUUACACCACAAGCUUUGCCAUGUAACAAACGCAGUUGGUUGUUACUCCAGGUUGUUUGUGCCUUUGUGGUGUCCCAGACGAUUAAAGGUCAGUUCCUGCCUUUCAUAUCCAUGCCCUCAUGCUUGUAUCUCAUAUCACUGUAAAAACACUGAAGAUGGAAAAAAGGAGGGAUAAUGCGAAAAAUUUACCUUUUUAAA